AUGACGACAACUAAUCCUGUUAUGGAUAUGACAAGCAUACGACUCGACAACACAACAUAUUUAAUAGGGGAACAACUAAGAACGAUCGAUAAUGAUUUUUAUUUAAAUGAUCAACAUGUCCAGAAUAUUGAUAGACCACAAAAUUUGAAUUCACAUACAGUAAAAUGGAAUAGUAUUUAUAUUCGUAUUAUCGUUUUAUUUCUACUAUUACUAUCAUGGUGUUGGGGUGCAGUUACAUUUGGAAAUAUUGCUCAUUUCCUAACAGUAUGUACUGUUGGUCAAUGGUGGUUUCCUGGUGAAUAUAGUCAACAGUAUUCAAUUAGAAAUAGCAUUAAACGAGCAUUUACGACAAGUUUCGGUAGUCUUUGUUACGGUUCACUAUUUAAAACCUUAAUAAAGCCUAAGCAUUUGCCAACUACUGAAAAUAAUUGUCGAAAAAAUAUUUUCUCAUGUGUUUUCAGUUGUAUUUUUCUAACAGUCAAAAGAGCAAUGAGUUAUUUUAAUGAAUGGACAUUUAUUUACUCGACACUUACUGGUCAAGGAUUUGUUGACUCUAGUCGAAGCUUUACAGAAUUAUUUCAAAAACGUGGAUGGACAGUAGUUAUUAAUGAUAAUCUUAUCGAAACAAGUUUCCUGAUUAGCAAUAUUGGAAUAGGUAUUGUUUCAGGUGUACUCAGUGGUCUUCUUAUGCAUGUUCUAAUAAUACAAUCAUCAAACCGGUUUUAUAUUAUAUGUGCUAUUAAUUUUCUAAUAGGCUUUUUAAUUAGUACAGUUUUUACGAGAAUUCUUCUAUUUUCUGUUCGAACAGUAUUUGUUUGCUUUGCUCUCAAUCCGGUAGCAUUGGGUGUGACACAUCCUGAGUAUUUACAAAAGUUGACCAAAGCUUGGCAUAAAUUUUAUCCAAAAGAAUUCGCAAAUAGUGGUUAUACUGAUAAUAUCGUUGAGUCGACGGCUUAA